ACCGGUGACUAAUUCACCGAGAACGAAGCGAGGCACGUGCAAUGGCGCGGCGAUGAUGAGGCAAGAGAACUCCAGUACUUUUAUAUUAUAUGAAUAGGACUUUAAUACAGCCUAAAGCGUACUAUCAGUGUGGUCUUAAAUGGGUUAAGUAAAAUUAGAGAUUCCAGUAAAACAGAAGGUAUUUAAGGAACUAUUUGUAAAUAGUUUGUUCUAAGAAUCGAUUUUUUUUUUUAAAUCACUUACUAUCUGUCAACCAAAGUAGUAGUAGACUUUUGAUUUCCUUCACAUGAAAAUUAAAGUACAAAACAGGAACAGAGUUUUCUUAGUCAUGGAACUCGUAGAAGUUUCAAGAUUGGGGGAAAUUUCUACAUGUGCAAAGAUGCCAUUAAACGAAAUGGAUCUCAUAUCCCGAACAUCGAAAUGUGGCAAAAGUGUUUUAGAGAUAUUCGACGUCGAUGAGAAGGUCAGUUUCUCAUAUGAUGGAGGUGAGGAGGAAGAAAUGGAAACUCUCGAUCGUUCAGAGCAGUCCGAUGAUCGCCCAGUGAAAAUGGCCCAAGAUAUUGACUGCCUGAUUCGACAGAUUGAGUCUAUGCAAAUAGCGAUUAGGAAGCGUCAAGUUAAGAAAUGUAGUGAAGAUAUCAGUGAAGAAACUGCAGAAAAUGAAAUAGAAGCCAUAGCCGAUGCUCAAGUGAAGUGCAAGCAGCGGGAAAACCAAGGAAUUGACAUUGAGAUCAAGAAGAAGUCUGUAGCCAUAUGUUCGAAUAACCAACCGCUGUGCGGCAAUGAGUUGCUGGAAGCCAGGAGUCUUCGCCAGGGCCACAAUAGCAUUCAAAUGCAAAUAGACGAACUGAUCUGCAGGUAUAGGAAACUGCGCGAAAUCAUCCACCAAAUGCGCGAAAGUAUUCGCUGCAUGGAAGGCAAUCUUAUAGAUUUAAAUUCUGAAGCCGAAAAGUAUGUAGCUUGGUCCAGAGAAGUUUCCAAGGAACUAAAGGUGUGCCAGGAGCGAUACAAUUACCUAGUCAGUGCCAAGAUGUCCAAAGCGGAGGGAAAAAAACAAGACCUCGUUCAGACCACACGAUUCCUUAAAUAUAAUGCAGCUUGCCUUACCAAAAGUCGUCUAAAGCGCGAAAUAGCUGAUUUCAAUGGCGAGGUGAAGGAUCUUGUGAAUCUCAUGAGUGAAUUACACAAAGAACUGGAUCGGAAUAUGGCUUUUUUCGAAUCACGACAUUCGAAUUUUCUUGAUGAUCCAGAAGAGUUUCUAUCAUCCUUGACUGUGACAGUUAGACUAUCCGAUGAGUUCCGGAAGUCAGGAAUGAAACUUGAAGACGGCGCCAAUUAGCAGUUGAUCAUUAAAAUAGGUUUAUUUAUGGUUAAGGAAAAUAUUUCAUAUUAGCAACAUUAUUUCGACAAAAAAUUACUAAUAAUAAAAAUAUAUCAAUCGGGUUUCGUAAUAAAAACACUAAAAUCAAAUUAUACAUUGCUGGACGUAAAAUGUUUCUGGCGCAGGAAGUCCCUGAUGAUGUCUUAGUCCGCUUCGCACAAUACGUCAUCGACUUUCUCUCAUUUCCUUUCCCCUUUCACGAGGGCGUCAUUAGUUGGCUGCCACCUUCACGGAGCCAAUCUCACGUUUCGCUGCACUGGGGCAAGGUGUCCUUAUCGCGUAAGCUCUAUUUGACUAACCUGGGAACGACUUCGUUCCAAUUUGAGCGAUUCCAUGUGCAGCGUAAACUUCUAGGCGAUGCGUCAUGACCCUGACCAUAGACACAGUCUAUUUCCUGCACAAAAUAUGAGUACACUCGGAAAAAUAUACUAGCGGCUGGAAAUGAGGUAUCCAU